CUUACAGUAUAGCAGCUCACACAGGCACACACACAUUCCCUCUGUGGUGUCUACAGCACUGCAUCACAAUGUCAUCUCAACAACCUUAUCUGAAUCCGAAACUCCCAUUUAGGGGAUUUAUUCAAGGUGGCCUGUUUGACGGGAAGACAAUUACUGUAACAGGACGAGUCCUGGCAGGAGCAGAAGGGUUUUGUGUGAAUUUGCAAUGCGGCACUAAUGCAUCCAGUGAUAUCGCCCUCCACUUCAACCCGCGCUACGCUGGUAACUCUGGUCACGUGGUGUGUAACACGCUGCAAAAUUCCCGCUGGGGUUCAGAGCAACGGAGUAAACUCACCUCACUUCCCAGAGGCUCCGACUUCACCCUGACCUUCCUGGUCAACCGAGACUCCUAUUCGGUGAUGGUGAACGGAGGCCAUUUCCUGGAUUUCUUGCACCGUCUGCCUGUCUCCCGUGUGGAUGUGAUCUCUGUGGACGGAGGUGUCGAGAUCACGUCCAUCUCUUUCCAAAAUCCAGUAGCCUCGUUGGUAGCACAACCCAGCUUUGCACAAAAGGUACAGGCGUCUUACACUUUCCCUGGCGUAUCCGCUACACCUCCUCCGUACAGUUCUUCACUUGCUUAUGUGCUGCCAUAUAAAACCAUUCUGCAGGGUGGACUUUACCCAGGCAGAGUCAUCACUGUGUACGGCUGUGUCAACCAUAAUGCUGACAGGUUCUGCAUCAACCUCUCUUAUAACUCUGGCAUUGCGUUCCACUUCAACCCGCGCUUCAACGAGAACGUAGUGGUGCGCAACAGCCUGAUGAAUGGGUGCUGGGGUCAUGAGGAGAAAAGUGGAGGUCUGCCCUUCUACAGAGGCCAGCAGUUUACGGUAAACAUCACAUGCGACACUCAGUGCUACAGGAUCUCGGUGAACGGCAUACAAAUGUUUACUUACAACCACCGUCACUACCUGCUUCAGCAGAUCGACAUCCUGGAGGUUGAUGGAAACGUCACUGUCGGCUCCGUCACAGUUUAAGGGCAGAUUAAGGUCAUGGGGAGGUUUUAAUGGGAGAGACCACUGUACUCUUACACUAAUCAGAGUUUAAUGUAGAAAUAUAUUAUUAUGUACAGAAUUGUUUUGUACGUUAUAAUUACAAAAAUGUUAAAGGUUGUUACAAUUAAAAAUUUUAAAAUUCAUACCUAAAGUAACUUAAGUUAAAAAAACUGGUUAAAAUUGUAAUGCUUUUUUGUAUGUCAUGUUAAAAAUGAAAUCUACAGAAGAUAAUGUAUAAAGUUAUUAUUUUAUAAAACUACAGAAUAUUUUACAAUUUCUUUGCAAACAGUUAAAAUAUCAAUUUAUUUUUUAUGGUAUACACAUUUCUGUAAUAAAAAGCACAGUGGAGGCAAAACAACGUUUUCUUGCCAUCUUGAGUUUGCAUCAGUUAAAUGAAAAAUAUUUAUUUUUAGCUUAAAGAUGAUGAAUGUUUUUAAUUUGAAUGUAAAUAUUUUACUACAAAAACAAAACCUAAGCCAAGUUUGACCUCAUGUACAUUGCUGAUUAGCAGAAAUCAUUUCAGACAUAUCCUUUGACCAGGUGUCGUAUGAUAUCAGGCCCAGAAUAAUAGACCUGUCAUUGGUAAUGUGUAGUAUGAAUAUUAACUAAUAUUCCGUAAUGUGAUACACAUUGUGAUAUAUUGAGGUUACUUUGUGUUUUCCGUUAUAAUCUGUAGCUUCUUUUUGCUUUAAAAAUGUCAUAUUAAUGUCACUUU